ACCCAAAUGAAUGAAAUCCUUUUCCAUCUCUCUCUCACAGACCAGGAGCAAGAGUGAAGUACAUCAGUCUUCUUUCCCCUUUCCACGCCAUGCAUCUACUCCGCGGCUUUCCUUUCCUCUUCUUCUUCCUCUCUCUCCUCGCUCUCUCCCAGCAAAUGGGGGCGGCGGAAAUCCAUCUCUCGUCGUCGUCCUUCUCCGCGGCCCUCGAAACUCUUCAGGAGCAAAUUGGGUAUGACUUCCAGAGAGUCUAUCUGCUGCGCCGGGCGAUGACCCACCCCUCCUACUCUCUCGAGAACUGCCGCGCCCUCAGCAUCCUGGGUCUCAGCGCCGUCGAGGCCUCCGCCGCCCUCCGCCUCCUCCUCAACGACACCGACUCCUCCGCGGAGACCGUCAGCCGCCGGAUCGCGGAGGUCUCCGGUGUCAACGCGUGCGCCGCCGCCGGCGCUCGCCUUGGGCUGGAGAAGAUCGUCCGCGUCUCCCCCGGGACCAACUCCUCGUCGCCGGCUGUCCUCUGCGCCGCCAUCAGGGCGAUCUUCGGCGCCGUCGCGGUGGACGCCGGCAACAUCGACUCCGCCGGGAACGUCUUCUGGAACGUCCACGGUGGCAGCGCCGCCACUGCUAUGUGAUGUGAGGUAGUAGGCGGCAGCCGGCUUUCUCGAGCUAGUCUCGCGAGGGUUGGGGUUUUUGGUGGAGGACGGCUCACGAUAGCAUAUAGUUGUGUAAUCCACUAUCGUAAGCCUAGGUAUCCUUGGCUUGAAUGUCUAAUGAAGUCUAUUAUCAUGUGGGAUUUGGGGCUUGGAGAUUUUAACUAAUAUAUGCUACGAUGUGAGUGAAAAAAUAUAUAAAGACUAGUUUGGUUCUUAAGCUGGAUGGAUUGGCUUUUCUCUUGUUAGAA